CCCGGCCCGCGGGCAUUCCACCACCAUCCCGUGCUCUCCUCCCCGCGGCGGCGGCGUGGGCACCGGCUCCGGCUACUCCUAUCCUCCCAAUCCCUGCUGCCCGCGCGCUCGCCCUCUCCUCGCCGCCACGAUGCGGUUUGACCUGGAUGGCAUGCCGGUGCACUUCCCGUACGCCGCGAUCUACCCGGAGCAGCACGCGUACAUGGGGGAGCUCAAGCGCGCCCUCGACGCGCGGGGGCACGCGCUGCUCGAGAUGCCCACGGGCACCGGCAAGACGGCGGCGCUGAUCUCCCUCAUCACCUCCUACUCCCUCGCCAACCCGUCCCGCCCGCUCCGCCUCAUCUACUGCACGCGCACCGUGCACGAGAUGGAGAAGACCCUCGCCGAGCUCCGCCUCCUCUUCGGCCACCUGCCCCCUGCCGCCUCCCGCUCCCUCCUCGCACUCGGCCUCUCCUCCCGCAAGAACCUCUGCGUCCACCCGCAGGCGUCCGCCGCCGCUGCCCGGGACUCCGUCGACACCGCGUGCCGCCGCCUCACGGCAUCCUGGGUCCGCGAGAAGGCUGCGUCCGACCCGGAGUCCACGCCGCUGUGCGAGUUCUACGAGACGUUCGACCGCGCCGCCGCCGGCGGAGACCUCGCCUCCCUCAUGCCGCCCGGGGUGUACACCCUCGCUGACCUUCGCGCGCUGGGUAGGCAGCGGCGGGUCUGCCCCUACUUCCUCGCCAGGCAGAUGGUCAAGUACGCCAAUGUUGUGGUGUAUAGCUACCAGUACCUGCUCGAUCCCAAGGUGGCCAGCAUUGUGUCAAGGGAGAUGCAGAAGGAGUGCGUCAUCGUGUUCGAUGAGGCUCACAACAUCGACAAUGUCUGCAUCGAGGCACUCAGUGUCAGCAUCCGCAAGCAGACGCUAGAAGGUGCUGAGCGGAAUCUGCGGCGUAUCUCACAAGAGAUUGACAGGUUCAAGGCCACUGAUGCCAAUAGGCUUCGUGCUGAGUACAACAGACUGGUGGAUGGGCUGGCACAGAGGGGGAAUCUACCAAUAUCGGAUGCUUGGCUUGCCAAUCCGGCUCUGCCUGAUGACAUUCUGAAGGAAGCUGUUCCUGGAAACAUAAGGAGGGCUGAGCAUUUCCUUGCUGUAUUGCGGCGGCUUGUGAGGUUCCUUGAUGGACGGCUGGAAACAGAAAACGUUGAGAAUGAAAUGCCUGUUUCCUUUGUUGCAUCAAUCCAUUCCCAGGCUGGAAUCGACCAGAAAAUGCUCAGGUUUUGUUAUGACCGGCUACACUCCCUAAUGAUGACAUUAGAGAUAACCGAUACAGAUGAGUUCAUGCACAUUCAGACCAUCUGCGACUUUGCCACAUUGAUUGGAACUUACACACGAGGCUUUUCCAUAAUAAUAGAACCAUAUGAUGAAAGAAUGCCUGACAUUCGUGAUCCUGUGAUUCAGCUGAGCUGCCAUGAUGCUUCACUCGCAAUAAGACCUGUUUUUGAUCGCUUUGAAACAGUGGUGAUCACUUCUGGAACUCUCAGCCCAAUUGAUCUUUAUCCUCGUCUCUUGAAUUUUAAUCCUGUUAUAAGCAGAAGUUUCACAAUGUCCUUAACAAGGGAUUGUAUUUGUCCCAUGGUCUUGACUCGAGGAAGUGAUCAGCUACCUGUGAGUACAAAGUUUGAUAUGCGUAGUGAUCCUGGUGUGGUGAGGAAUUAUGGCCGCCUCUUGCUGGAAAUGGCUUCUGCUGUUCCAGAUGGUAUAGUUUGCUUUUUUGUCAGUUACUCCUAUAUGGAUGGUAUUGUCAACAGCUGGCACGAAAUGGGAAUUCUGCAGGACAUCAUGCAACAUAAAUUAGUAUUCAUCGAAACUCCAGAUGUUGUUGAGACAACUUUGGCUCUUGAUAACUACAGAAAGGCGUGCGACUGUGGAAGAGGUGCUGUUUUCUUCUCUGUUGCCAGGGGCAAAGUUGCUGAAGGUAUCGAUUUUGACCGACACUAUGGCAGACUUGUUAUCAUGUUUGGUGUUCCUUUCCAGUACACACUUAGCCGGAUAUUGCUUGCUAGAUUGGAGUACCUAAGAGAGACUUUUCAGAUAAAAGAGGGCGACUUCCUGACGUUUGAUGCUUUGAGGCAAGCGGCCCAAUGUGUUGGCCGUGUGAUUCGCUCUAAAGCAGACUAUGGGAUGAUGAUAUUUGCUGACAAGAGGUACAGUCGACAUGAUAAACGGUCUAAAUUGCCUGGGUGGAUACUGUCACACUUGCAUGAUGCUCACCUAAACCUGAGCACUGAUAUGGCUCUGCAUAUAGCUCGGGAGUUUCUCCGGAGGAUGGCACAGCCAUACGACAAGACGGGGAGCGGCGGGAAGAAGACGCUCCUGACCGAGGAGGACCUGCAGAAUAUGGCAGAGGACGCCAUGGAGAUGUGAAACCAUGGAUGAUGGUUGAUGGAUGAGAGCCGAGAGGGUUAUAUGUGGUAGAUAACUUACCUGAAGCCACUGUUGUACAAAAAUUUUGUAGCCAAAAAUCUUUUUGUGGUUGAUAGCUUAAUUGAAGUACGGAUUCAAACGUCA